UUUUUUUCAAGUUUCAAAGAAACCCAAAAUUCCCAACCAUCGAAAACCACUUAUUCAACGCUAUGGAAGCCCACGGAUUUAUAACAAAAGAGCAUUAUGUUAAUUUGAUGGAUUGGCAUUUUCAACGAGCUGCUAGAACUGACCGUUCUGUUAGUGCUGUUGGACAGGUUUGUUCCAUGCAUUUACCAAUGGAUCAAAAUUUUAUUGAUAACGGACCUGCUCUUUUAAAUACUUCUCUACCUGAAGAUAUUCACGUUUUUGCUGUUAGACGAGUGACGCCUUCUUUCCACGCCCAAAAAUCUUGUGAUUCUCGUACCUAUUCGUAUACUCUUCCAACAUUUUCUUUUGCUUCUAUGGAUGAGGUAACAUCUGAUGAAUACAGAAUUUCCCCAAAACGUAUUGAAGAAUUAAAUGAAUUACUUGGAUGUUAUGUUGGAUCACACAACUUUUUUAAUUACACUUCUGGAUUCCUAUGGGUGGUUUUCCCUUCAUUUCUGUCCUUUCCCCUCUAUUUUCCCUUUAUUUCUUAA